ACUGACCGCAAUAAUAAGCAAGUGCGUGUAGGAGUGGGUGACCACUUGCCCUCGUCGUGAAACGUAUGACUUACGAAAUACCGGAACUACCCCUGGUUGGCUCGAAGAAUCUCAUGCCCCUACCACCCAAAUCACACAACUGCGUACCAAUCCUCGUGAACCCACUUCUUCUCUGCAUCUGGAUCUGGUUCUUUGGUCUUGACCUCUUCGGUAGCUCAAGGACCCAGACAAGACAAUCUCUUCUUCUUUCGUUGAGAUGACAUCGGAUCAACGCGACGCUGUUUUCUCUCUAGAAUCGCCGGAUCUGGAGGAAGGAGGCGUUGGAGACGGAGGAGAGUCUGAUACCGACGAGGAUUUGCGGGAAAACGAUGACGUCGUUAUGCCUGAGACGAACGAAGCCGAAGACGACGAUCCCGAAGAGGAAGACCUCAAUUCGCCGUCUACAUCGUCGCUCGCCAUGGUUUCCGCUGUCCCGACCACUGCGGUCGUUUCCGGGACGGCGACUACUUCCUCCUCUACAGGCGCCGUGACCGUUGCGCUUCCGGCUGGAUCCGCCGUCCCUGUCUCCGUAAUUCCGGCUGAUUCCGAUCCGAAAUGGCACCGCAUGACGGAGAUCGUUCACCAGAGACCGGCGAUCGAUGACUCUAGACGCCUUUUCCAGAGGCUGUGGACGGACGAGGACGAGAUCGAGCUCCUCCGUGGUUUCCUCGACUACAUAACGACGCACAGAGGCAGCAGCUCGCAUCCGCCUGACACGGCGCCGUUUUACGAGCAGAUAAAGUCGAAGCUUCAGCUUGAUUUCAACAAGAACCAGCUGGUGGAGAAGCUUCGACGACUGAAGAAGAAGUACCGGAAUGUGAUGAGCAAGAUCAGCUCCGGUAAAGAGGUAUUCUUUAAGAGCCCUCAUGAUCAAUCCACUUUCGAGAUUUCUAGGAAAAUCUGGAACCAAACUGGGAAAAUUAUUGGCUUCGAAGACAACAAUGUCAUGGAUUUCGAUGAAACCAAUAACAAUCACCAUGGAAAUGGUAACUACUCAACCUUUAACAGCCCUAGCUCUAAUCCUAAUCUUGAGAUCGAUUCCGAAAAUGGAGUCGAGAGGAAACUGACGAUGAGUAGCAGUAGCGGAUCGAGAAAACGAUCGAGAUCAAGAAUAGGUAAGAUUGAAGAAGACAACAAACCCAUCAAUCUCUCUGAUGGGCAAAUACCAAAUGCAGCUAUUAAUGUUAACCUCAACGAAACCGCAGCUGCUGGUAUUGGAGGAAACCUCGGUGGUUUAAUCGAAGAGACUGUGAAAAACUGUGUCUCUCCUGUGAUCAAGGAGAUGAUGAAUGGGACGACAAGUAUGAUGAUGGCUGCAAUGGGAGGGUUUUCGGGCAGUGGUGGUGGUGGUGUUCAUGGCUUUGGCUCGUUAAGCCCCAUGUUUACACGGCCUCUCAGUUUCGGUUUUGGUGUAGAAGGAGGAGGAAACAAGGCAUUGGCGGAUGAGCGGUGGAGGAAACAACAGAUUCUGGAGCUGGAAGUGUAUUCAAGGAGGUUAGAGUUGGUUCAAGAACAGAUUAGAGCGACAUUGCACGAGUUAAAGACGAUGCCGAGUGGCGGAUGAUGAAGCAAGAAGAAGAAGAAUAAGACGAUGAUGACGACAAAGAUAAAAUAACCAGUUAGGUUGAUAUUUGAUAUCUCUGAGUCUGGGGUGUGUGGUGAGUAUAGUAUGAGAUUUGAAUCUUUUAAGUUAUAAAUUGCUUAAGGUAUUUGUGAUCUUUCUCUAGGGGUUUUCAUCAUUUUUUUUUCAUUUAAAUUAUUUGUCAAUAGAGAUGAAUCAUAGUGGGGGGGGGGGGGGGGGUUUGUGUAUAACCUUUGUAUUAGAUUAUAGUUUUCUUGUAGGCUCAUUUGCUCAACAACAAACAGUCUUCUAGCUAUUUUUCUCUCAUUAAGAAAAAGCAAUAUUUUAAAUUGUA